CCCAUGGGCCCCACCGUUCCACUAGCGGGGCGGUGCACGGCGAGGCGGUGACCGCCGGCGAAAGAGAAGAGGGAUCCGGACGUCGCCUCCUCCUACGCCUCGCGCUCGCCGGCGGCGCCGCUGCCCUCGACGCUGUCCUUCCCUCCCCCAGUGAGCGCACCAUUCCGAAGCGUCUGCCGGUGCCGUACUGUUAGCUUAAUCUGUUUGGUUUGGUUACUACGAUUGUUGCUUAGCGUAUCUGAUACCAGCUUCCGGUUCGUGCGCGCGCGCGUGCUGGGUUGAUUUGCUGGUUUCUAGGAGUAUUCGAUUAUCUCAAGAAGAACCUGGCAUCCAUGAUUGAACCCUUCCAGGUUUCGAUUUGAAGGGCGUUUCGUCUGGUAAUUAAUUCCUUCUGGAUAGGGGUUUCCGGGUUUCGAUUAUCUGAAGAAGAACCUGGCGAUUAUCUGAAGAUGGGCGUUUAGAGAUGGGCAAUUAAUUCCUUCAAUCAAAAUUAAUAUAUGCGCAAUCAGUUCUUUCAAGAAACACAUAUGUAAUGUACCAACACAGGUCACAUGCCAUGGCAUGUAUCUUUCUGAAUAGGGGUGGUGACAAGCCUUGGAACCCAUGGCGGUGGAUACUUUUCCUUUGAGAAGUUUAUAGUGAUUUUAGCUUGGCCCUGGGUGUUUCUUCCCCAGUUUCUCCCUUCACUCAGAGACUGCAACCGCCCUGGGCUUGGUCAAAUCCUUGCCCCGCCAAUGUUUCCAGAAUGAUUAAUAUUUAAUAGCAUCCAUAUAUCUUCCUUGUUAAGGAAUCGGUUCUAUAUCUUUUCUUAAUAGAAAUCAAUCGCACAUCUUUGUUUUGUUGUUGGUACACUUUCCUGGAGAUAGAUCCAUAUGUAAGUUUGGUGCCUAAAAAGAGCAGACGUGGUGAUGCAAUUGGGGCUAGGGUGAGUGUCUGUCGUGGAAUUGGGGUUACAGCUAGUGUUUUUUGUCUUUUGUGAAGUUAUCUUGUACAUCGGUGCAAUUAGUGCUCAUGCAUACAUCAUGUAGGAUUGCGUGCUUGCAACAUUGCCAGCCAUGCGCCAGGUACGGCCGCAAGAUCAAAUUCACCAGCAUGCAUUGACCCAUUGAUCAUGUGACAUAUCGCCUGCACGGGAAGACUCCUUUGUAGUAGAAUUCUUGGUAUGCAUGACAGUAUGCUAUAAAUCAAUGAAACUGUUGCAUGUUAUAAAUAAUGAACCUGGCCAAGAAAUUACCUUACUUACCCUCCAGACUUUUUUCUGAGGAAUCAUCUUAAAGCAGCACAUCACCAUUUGGUCUGUUUUGACAUUUGAAAGUUGAGCCUUGAGACCCUUUAGGACUUGGAAGUUCUAAUGGUUGCAAUUGAAGUAUUGAUAUGUUUGCUAAUUAAUAGGUGAAUGGCCUGCUUGCUUUGUUUCUUUCAUAUGAACACUAGGUACUGAAUGAAGAAAAUAAUAGUACCGUGGGUGAGAGCUAGGGAGAACAUGCAUGUGCCUUAUAUUCGCCUUAGGUAAAUUUGGAGUCAUGAACAUAAUGAGAAUACAUGUGAACAUAUAGCCAUCAUUAUUACAUCGUUCAUCACUAGUCACCAAAAGGUAGCCUAAUCAACAAGUGUGACAGGCCACAAAAUAUCACAAGUCAGCUGUUCCAUUGAAUUUAUCUGAAUACUUGUGUCAAUUUUGACAACAAAAUUUGAAACAGAAGAGAAGAAAAUAGAACAACGAGGUUUUCAUGCAUCUGUUCAUCUAUUUUUGUCUUUUUUAACUUGUUUCUGCAUAGACUGUUCAAAAUGCAGGUCGGGUCACAUCAAAGGGUGUGCCAAAAGCAAGCGUGAUGAUAGAGAACAGAUAACAUGAAGUCGUGAUGAUAAGCACCGGCUUGCAUUGUACAUGGUCUUGCUUGUUCUUUACACUGGAAACUGAAGAAGCACAAGAGGACAAAAUAAUGAUGAUCUUAACUUGCAUUUCUCAAUGUCUAUCCUUUGCCCUUGGUGAAGGUCUCACGCCAAAAGAAGUUUUAGUUCUUGAUCAGGAUCUGGUUUCCCUGUGGACCAUCUCCAAUACGCUUGCUAGAUUCAACUUCAAAGUUCUUCCCUUCCAAACAGGGGAAGAGGCCCUAGAUUCCCUUAAAAGGGGGGUUGCUAAGGAUGAGGAGCUUGAUUUGAUAGUAGCGGAAGUUCAUCCUGGCAAUACAGAGGUGGGCACCUUGCGGCUGUUUCACCACAUCCUGAGUGAACUUGAAGUGCCUCUCAUCACUAUGUGUGCCUAUGAUGAGGCAGUCUCUGCACGCAUGACCCUUGGAACAUGCUUCAAUGUGGUUAAGCCGUUGGAUACUGAAACCGUCAAUUUUCUGAGGAUGAGAGCGCUGCAACACAGGUCUAUCAAAAAUCACAGGUCUGUGACUGAGGAUGAAGAACAAGAUGCGUUAAACGCGAAUGUCUAUCCAUAUAAUCUGGGUCGGUUCAUAUGGAGCAGUGAACUCCAUGAAAAGUUCUUGCAGGCUGUUGAAGUGCUUGGGGCGUCUGCUACGGCUAGAAAAAUUCACCAGUACAUGAAUGCAAAGGAUUUGAAUUUGACCAUACAGCACGUCGCAAGCCAUCUCCAGAAACAUCGGCUGCGAGUGCAGAGGCAGAGGUUAUCACACGAUGAAGAGGGCUCUCAACAUUAUGCCAGCAUGAAGGAAUUAUCUGAGAUGAUUUCAUCGGCGUACAAGGCAGCCAGUACUAAACCCAAUAAUCAUCCGGCAACAACCCAGACGCAGUUCACACAUGGGGUUGCCUCUGCUAUCUGGGACAAGUACCCUGGGAUGGUGUGGCCACAUGUGGAGGGAAGUUCAGCUGCCUCUGCUAUGUGGUACAAUUACCCCGGAAAGCCGUGGAGACAAGUGGGGAAGAGUUCGGCCGGUGCACGAGUUUCUCAGACUAAUGCACGCCCACCUCCAGUUCUGAUACAUGGUACCAAGUCCAUCUGGGAUAGGUACGAGGAGAGCCUGCAGUACUAUAAUGAGAGCCUGUCACACAAACGCGAGGUGUUGCCUGUAAAGAGCAAAGCGCUUGCUGGAUAUGGACGCAAGAUUUUCAUCAACCUGGAGAGAGAGGAGACCAGUCGUACUGAAGCAUCAGGCAAGAUUGUCAUCAACCUGGAGAGCCAUGACACGCAGAAAGACACCACGGACGACGUGCACGCCGCUGUUACACCGCAGGAAGACGCAAUGGACGAGGUGCACGCCGCAGUUACUCUGCAGAAGGACACCAUGAACGAGGUGCAUGCCGCAGUUACUCUGCAGGAAGACAACUACCAACCCGCUGCAGAGAAUGUGCAGUCUGAGCCUUUCAGUGAUUGGGAAGAGGUGGAGAAAUUCUGGAUGAACCAGAUGGGAGGACAGGGGCAAGAGGAGCAAGUCCUUGAACCAAUGGAUCUGCUCCAGAUAGACGGCAUUGACCCAGAGGAACUGCUCCAGGAAGACGAAACCUGGAACCAGGCGCUUCAGCCAGCAAACCCGGUGAAUGUCGUGGACAACGUACCCAUGGCUGAAGAACCGGCCGCUGGAAACGCCCCGGCGUAAGCAUGCCGUUGCCUGCCUGAAGAGGGGCAACUGAAGAACUGCUUUUAUCUUAAUAAUAAUAAUAAGUCUGGUGAACAGUAUAAGCAAUAAGGGUUCCUGGGGAGAAAUCCUCGGGAGAUAUACGGGAGAGC